AUCUGCCAUAUUUCGACUCUUCUUGAUUUUAGAAAUACUUGCAUUUUUAACUUUUAAACUCAAAGCUAAAGCUUUCAAAAAAAAUAAAAUGCAUUUAGGAAAUUUUCACCUUGAAGUAUUGGUUAAUGGGCAAGCUUUACCAGAAUACAAUCAAUCUGUGAUGAAUCAAAUUAAUUUUAUAACGUAUAUCCCUGUCAUGACCCCAGGAGAACGGUUUACAAUUAGAACUGAGGUCAAACAAGCUAGCACGUCCAAUAUUAUAAUUUCACGUUUAUAUAUAGAUGGACAAUUUCACGAAGUUCAUCAUCUUCACCAACAACAUGUCUCAAGGACCAUAUCGUACUUCGUUAAUUUUGAAAGAGAUCAAGUAUAUUACUUUAAAUUUGCCAGCACAUCUCAACUUGAAAAAAAAGAUGAUGACCCGGAACAAUUACUGCUUGUUUUCAAAGGAAUUAUUGUUGACGAAAGUGCUUUAAUUAAACCAAAAUUUGAAGUCAAACAAGUUAAGGUUACAUAUACGGCUGAUAAUGGGGAGAUUGAUUAUACCACUGGAUAUGAUGUCGUGGACAAAAAUUCCACCGUCUACCGUAACAAAAAUUAUUGA